UUUUCUUUCCACCUCUCACUCUAUCCCUCUCUCUUUUCCUGUGAUCACCAUUAAUACCAAUUCAACAUAUAGUAUCAAGAACCAUACACAACCCCCUUCAAAGUCAUUUAUCCAUCAAACAACAUGAAACUAAUUCCUUCAUCCCUUUUGUUAUUCAACAAAAAGAAAGAAACAUGGCUAUGGCCUUCAUGUAAAAACCCCAAAACACUGUCUUUUCGAGCCGGUUCGAAUAACACAAUGUUCAAAACAGUUAAUUCGAUCUUUUUCGACCCCAAAUACGCUCUACAGGUGGAAGCAGAAGUCGAGAUAACUACUCCCGACUCCUGCUUCACCAACUCCUCAGAAUCUGCCAGUAUAUCAACAGAAUCCGAGGAGUACUUGAACACAAACGAGUUCUCCUUAGUGGAGAACAUCGUUCGUGGAGCCAGGUCCGAAAGAUUGUUUUUCGAACCUGGCCCCACUACUAGUUCCAUUCUUGAAGGUAACAAACAAUGCAUGGAUUUAGGCAUUGGUAGUAGUGGUGGUGAUAAUGAUGGCAACAAUGGUGGUGUACCAUAUAAAGAAAGUGUGGCGAUGUCGAUCGAAUCGGAAGAUCCACAACAGGAUUUCAAGAAAUCAAUGGAGGAGAUGGUGGAGACUCAUGGGUUGAAAGAUUGGGAGUGUUUGGAAGAGUUGUUAGGGUGGUAUUUAAGAAUGAAUGGGAAGAAUCACCAUGAGGUUAUUGUUGGAGCCUUUGUUGACUUGCUUGCCGGAAUUUCUGGUGGUGGUGGUGAUGGUGGCUCUGGUGGUGGUGCUUCUUCUUCUUCUUCUUCUUCUGAUCAUUCUUCAGCCUCUUUUACUUCUGUUGCUUCUACAUUUACUUCUUUGUCCAAAGGUGUUGGUGAGAAGGAGAUUAUUGAGGAAGAAAAACUGAAAAAUAAAAAGUUAAUUAAUAAUUAAAUUUAUUAGUUAUUUAAUUUCUAGGCUCUAAGGUUUUAAUAAAUAUAGAGUUAAAUGAUACAAUAUUGUACUUGUACAUAUACAAUUUAAUUCAUAAUGAAUUCUAAUUAGAUA